AGCGAGCAGAUGGUGGGGCGGGCUGAGCCGACAAUCCCCCUAAUCCCAUGAGGGCAGCGGGGGGCCAAGCAGAGCCGAGCCGGGCCAUGGCGGGCACACGGGCACAGGGCCGCCUCCUGCACUCGCUGCUCUGCCAGCUGUGCUGUGGUUGUGACUGCAGCCCCUGCCGCAGGCUCCGUGUGUCCACGAGCACCCGCAUCCUCUACACGCUCCUGCACGUCCUGGCCUCUGCCGUGUGCUGCCUCAUGCUGUCCCGCACCGUGGCCCAGGCUGUCAGGGAGAAGGUGCCCUUUGCAGUGAUGCUGUGCCAACACCUGCCCGGGGGCACGGACUGCGAGCGGCUGGUGGGCUCCUCGGCCGUGUACCGGGUCUGCUUCGGCACCUCCUGCUUCCACCUGGCGCAGGCCGCCCUGCUGCUCAACGUGCGCUCCAGCGCCGGCUGCCGCGCACGGCUCCACAACGGGUUCUGGCUGCUGAAGCUGCUGGUGCUGCUGGGGCUCUGUGCCGCCAGCUUCUUCAUCCCUGAGGACGGCUUCAUCCAAGCCUGGCACUACACUGGCGUCUGCGGGGGCUUCGCCUUCAUUCUCAUCCAGCUGGUGCUGAUCACCGCCUUCGCGCACACCUGGAACAAGAACUGGCUGACGGGCGCCGCGCAGGACAAGCGCUGGUACCUGGCUGUGCUGCUGGCCACGGCCACCUUCUACACCCUCGCCUCCGCCGCCUUCUCCUUCCUCUACAAGUACUACACGCACCCGGCCGCCUGCCACCUCAACAAGGCGCUGCUCACCGUCAACGGCAUCCUCUGUGGCAUCAUGUCCUUCAUCUCCAUCAUGCCCUGUGUGCGGCUCAAGCAGCCACGGUCGGGGCUGCUGCAGUCCUCAAUCAUCAGCUGCUACGUGAUGUACCUCACCUUCUCCGCGCUGUCCAGCCGUCCCCCGGAGAGAGUGCUCUACGAGGGGCAGAACCUCACCGUCUGCUUCCCGGGCCUGCGGCAGGACAAGCUGCAGACGGAGGACACCACAGUCGCCGUCCUGGGGGCUGCCAUCAUGUACGCCUGCGUGCUCUUCGCAUGUAAUGAAGCCUCCUACCUCGCUGAGGUCUUCGGGCCCCUCUGGAUGGUCAAAGUCUACAGCUUCGAGUUUAAAAAACCCUCCUGUUGCUUCUGCUGUCCUGAGAAAAUGGAGGAGGAGCUGAGAGGUGGGUGAGCGGGCUGCUGGUGGGAGGGCAGAGCCUGCGAUGAGGAGCUGCAGGAGACACCGUGCCCCGGUGCUCUCCCAGGCACCGAGCAGACCUGUGAGCAGGCAGAGGAGCCUGCCAGGGGACAGUGCAUCAUCCAGGAUGAGAGGGACAAGGUGGUCUACAGCUACUCAGCCUUCCACUUCGUCUUCUUCCUCGCCUCGCUUUAUGUCAUGAUGACUCUCACCAACUGGUUCAGCUACGAGAACGCGGUGCUGGAGACCACCUUCACACACGGCAGCUGGUCAACCUUCUGGGUGAAGGUGUCCUCGUGCUGGGCCUGCGUCCUGCUCUAUCUGUGGCUGCUGCUGAGCCCCCUCUGCCUCCGCAGCCCCCCCCAGCAGCGGCGCAGCAGCCGGGCCCUGCGCGUCCUGCGGCGACGUCGCGCUCCGCAGCGCAUCAGUGUCUCCACGUAGCCUCUGCUGGGAUGGACUGUGCCCAGCCCCGGGGUCCCUGCCAUCCCCUGUGCCUGUGCCCUGGCCCUCCUGGGCCCCACUGGUCCCUCAUGACCUCCUGGCCCAGGAGACGGCGGUAUCUGGGAGCCUGAGGGGACACGGGAGGUGGCUGCUCCCAGGGACCCAGGUCCUGCACUGCACCGGCCGGAGCGAGCUGGUGGUGGGUGCUCAGCCUGGGUGCUGCCAGACUCCUCCGCGCAGGGGCAUCUCCUGCUGCACUGGCGGCCCUGACCUGGGGCUCUGCCCUGGCCAGCUCCGCCUCCCUGCUCCCCCACCGGCAGCGUGCUCGUUGUACAUAGCUCCUUGAAUAUGUUUUGAUAUAAAACUGA